ACCCAUCUCUAAAACCUCUGGCCUCAUGGGUGACAGACCUGCUCCAAAGGACCAGUUUUGUGCAAAGGUGGAUCUCCAGAGGCAUCCCCCCUGUUUUCUGGAUUAGUGGGUUCUUUUUCCCCCAAGCCUUUCUCACUGGAACCCUCCAGAAUUACGUCCGAUGUUCAAGCACCUCCAUUGACACAAUCGGAUUUGAUUUUGAGGUAAUACCUAAAUCUGUGUCAGAGAUAAAGGAGAAACCAGACACAGGCUGCUAUAUCCACGGACUAUUCCUGGAGGGGGCUCGCUGGGAUAAUAAGGAAGGUCGGCUUGCACAGUCCAGGCCCAAAGAGCUUUACACUGAAAUGGCUGACAUAUGGCUUAUUCCAGUGCCUAAUCGGAGCCCACCAACAUCAGGCGUCUAUGUGUGCCCCAUCUACAAGACCCUCACACGUACUGGAACUUUGUCCACAACGGGACAUUCUACGAACUAUGUGAUGGUUGUGGAGCUGCCAACUGACCAGACUCAGAGGCACUGGAUCAAACAGGGAGUGGCCCUCAUCUGUGCUUUAGAUUACUGAAUAUUUUCUCAAACUAUUUCAUAUUAACACAUUGUUACCAUUGUUUUCUGUAUAAAUUAAUCCAUUUAAGUAGAGGUAGCCAAAUGGUGGGUAUUACUACAUUAUAGAAACUUGUUUAGUUUAUUGUAAUCCUUCUACACAAGUCACAAAACAAAAAGUACACGCGUAUUUACUUUGACUAAAUAAAAUAAAAGUAUUUCCCAAAAUAAAAAUCAGUCUAUAUGAUUGAAAAUGCCAAAAUAUCCUGUAAUGUUUAAAUCUAAAUUUUUAAAAGAAUUCAUAUUAUUUAGUUCUGGAUUACUGGAGUUUUAUAUUUAACAGAAAUGACUCGGCUCCUUUAAGGCGGUCACCUAUGUCCAGUUCAGAAGUUUGAGGAGGGAGGCGCUUCAAACACAGACUCAGACUUUGACAAGAGAAACAGAGACCGCUGCGUCAACCAGCGGAACUAACUUAGAAACCCCAGAGUCAUUUGGAUUUUAAAUGGGUUUAAGCGUUUAUUUGUGAGGGAUGGAGACAUUUGUCACUCUGUUAUGAUUUAAGGAACAGACAAAAACAGGUCAUGAAGUCAGCCUAGUGCUUAUUUGAACACUGGGUCCUGACCUGCGGGACAGCGCACGGAUUCCCGUCAGUGUUUUUGUGCGGACGGACUCAUCACUGCGGGUGAAUUUUUCCGCACUUUAUUCCCACGAGCAGCCCACGGCCGGGUUCAUCCAGUGGAAAUAUGUUGCAGAAUGGAAACGAAAAACAGAAGCCUUCACAAGUGGCAAAACCCGAGACUCAAGAAGACAACUCUAAAGAGAAGCCCGCGGCGGACAGAACGGACGCGGCGGACGCAGACGGAGCGCACUGCCCCACAGCGCAUCCCAGAGUGGAAAUAAAGCGCAACGCCGUCACGGACGAUUACACUCUGUCCACUCAUGUCCUGGGACUGGGCAUCAACGGGAAAGUCCUCGAGUGUUACAACAAGAAAACAGGACAGAAGUGCGCACUCAAAAUCCUCUAUGACAGCCCCAAAGCCCGACGUGAGGUGGAGCUUCACUGCCGGGUGUCAGGAGGCCCGUACAUCGUGCGCAUCCUGGGCCUGUAUGAAAACAUGCACCAUGGGAAGAAGUGCCUCCUCAUCAUCAUGGAGUGUAUGGAAGGUGGAGAGCUGUUCAGUAGAAUCCAGGCCAGAGGAGACCAGGCCUUUACAGAGAAAGAGGCAUCUGAGAUCAUGAGGGACAUCGGCACAGCAAUCAACUACUUACACAGCAUUAACAUUGCACAUAGAGACAUUAAACCAGAAAAUCUCUUAUACACAUGUAAGGAAAAGGACGGCGUUCUAAAACUAACCGACUUUGGGUUUGCAAAAGAAACAACGCUCCACAACCCACUCCAGACGCCCUGUUACACGCCGUACUACGUUGCUCCAGAGGUUUUAGGUCCAGAGAAGUACGACAAGUCAUGUGACAUGUGGUCACUGGGGGUCAUUAUGUACAUUCUUCUCUGCGGCUUCCCACCAUUUUACUCAAACACGGGCCAGGCCAUCUCACCGGGCAUGAAGAGACGCAUCAGGAUGGGCCAGUACGAGUUUCCAAACCCAGAGUGGGCCGAGGUGUCACAGGAGGCAAAAGACUUGAUCAACCAACUUCUGAAAACAGACCCCAACGAGAGAAUGACCAUCACACAGUUUAUGAACCAUCCUUGGAUCAAUCAGUCCAUGGUGGUCCCGUCCACUCCGCUCCACACCACCAGAGUCCUGACUGAAGACAAGGAGCUGUGGGAAGAUGUCAAGGAGGAAAUGACCAGUGCUUUGGCGACUAUGCGUGUGGACUAUGACCAGGUGAAAAUUAAAGAUCUGGACACAUCCAGCAACCCACUAUUAAACAAGCGACGUAAAAAAGCAGCUGCUGGAGGAAAGAGCGGCUCCUCUGUUUGUCAGAGUCAAUAGACUCUGCUGCAGAGGAGUCAAUGGACAUGUGUUAAACAUGCAUGUUUAAGAAGAUGAAUCUACAUUAUUUUUAUGUAUUUGAAUCCGUUGCUGUUUGUACCCUGGGUGCUGUGUGUUGUGACACUGUGUCGUGUACAAAUAGCCUGUGUGAAGUUAUUUUGUAUGAACAUACUGUGUAAAUUUGACACAGGCAGAAAUUUGGACUGUGAAAAACUCUCUGUAUUGUCUUAAUAUUGUCAGCUGUUGAUCGCCUUUAUCAUUAAAGUCCAACUUGUGUCAAGUUAAUUUAUGU